AUGUUCUCAUCGACAGCAUACCGCAUGGAUGACGGCGUCUGUCAAUAUCGUGGUGUAUCCCUGCCAUCACUGACGUACGCAAAAAUCUUACAACAUCACACCAUCUGCGUCACUAAUCUACUCGACCUUUGCAAUAACUCUGCUUUUGUUGAAGAUGAGAAUUUGUUGGCUGCUCUCGUGAGUUUGAGGUUUCACGAGGAGAUGGAUAGGUAUCAAACGGGGGUAGACAAAGAGAGGCUUCUCAACUCUCUGCGUUUCGUCCUGAAUGCGCAAACGAAGAUGGUCCAGCAUGAGACCGGGUAUGACCCACCGAGACACGGCGCUAUCGUGCAGCCCGCUUCGUGGGCACUGGGAUAUCUGAAAAGCUUCAGACACUCACUGUUUCGCAAUGCUCUUAGACAGGAACUAACGGCAGCGUAUCUGACGCAGCGUGGCGUCCAAUACCCGCUCGAAUUAUGGACUGUCCUUGACACUCUGGAAUCACCUGAUGAUGAAGAUGUAAUCUGGUCAGAUCGACACUUGCUUCACUGCGCACGUGUACUCAACUUCUGCUAUGGGUCUGGUGAGGCCGGUGAAGCAAGCGGCAGAGAGAGAUGGGAAGAGCUGAAAAACUAUGAAACACGCUGGCAAGAACAAAUGCCAACAUCCUUCCUCCCUCUACUUCAAGGGGAGUCAAGCAUCGCAUCCGGCCAGCUUCUCUACCGUGUUUGGUAUUUAUCGCCCCUGCACUUGACCGCGGUACAAUUCUUUGAACUCUCCCGGAUCCUUCUUUUGGUCUUGGAUCCUAGUGUACCACGUCUGGGUCCGCGUGCGGUCGCUGCGCGGCAACAAAUGUCUCGCGAAGUUCGACGCAUUGUCCUACAUCUCUGCAGCAUGGCCGCGUCUUACCCAGAAUUGACACCGGCUUGGGUUCAAGCUUCAAUGGCGAUCUAUAUUUGCGGUGAAUUUUUUACUGUCCGCCAUGAGCAAGAGGUACUCUUGAGUGUUCUGCAUCAUCUUGAAAAGAAUCAUGGCUGGCCAACCUCCCAGAACGCGGCCAGGCUUAAGGAGAUAUGGAAUUAUGAUGUAGGCAGACAAGCUUGUUGA